AACUUACAGGCUCCAGCAAAUAAAAGAACCCUGGUCUUCAUGGAAAGGUUUUGAUGUUACAACAUUUUUAAGCAAAAAUAAUGUUGUAUCGAGCAAUCACAGUAUUAUUUUUAUCAACAUUUUAUAUCAAAUUUGUUUCAUGUAAAUUUAGCACACUAUACCCUGAAGAGAAGUAUCUGAGGGAUAUCAGUUACAAUGUAUUUGCGUAUACAAACUUGACGUUUACACAUGCCGAGAGUCCCGUAUGGGACUCUGAGACCAAUAAACUGUAUUGGGUGGACGUUCUCAAUCAAGAUGUGCACGUGUUGGAUUAUUUCACUUGGCGUCACACCACCAAACAUAUUAGUUAUGGUGAAGUGAACGUGGUAGUGCCAGUAAUGAAUAGCAGUCGGCUGCUGGUCGGCGUCAGGGCAGAGGUGUACCUGCUAGAUUGGCAGAAACACGGCGACGCUGCGCUUAGAUUAGUCGCCGCCAUCGACCAGGGCAAACCGGACAAUGUUAUCAAUGAAGGCAAAGCAGAUGCAAUGGGAAGAUUUUGGGCCGGGACAAAGGGCCCUCAGCGUGGGGACAAAGUGGCUCAAGACGAAGCUGCUCUAUACAGUUUAGAACAGCCGUGGUACACCGCCAGAGUAAAACUAAAGCCUGUCACCAUUUCUAACGGACUAGUCUGGGCCCUUAACGACUCCGUUAUGUACUAUAUCGAUUCCGAAACUAGGAAAAUUGAAGCGUUUGAUUUUGAAGUUAAAACUGGUCAUAUAAGCAAUCGACGCACAAUUUUAAACAUAAAGGAAUAUGGUUAUAACAAAGCCAUCCCUGACGGUAUGACGAUUGAUAAGGACGGCCUACUGUGGGUCGCUCUUAUGUUCGAGGGAUCAGUAAUCCGCAUCGAUCCAGAAUCGAGGACUAUAAUAGAAAAGUACAAACUGCCGGUAUCUCGGACGACGUCCGUGACAUGGGCGGGGCCGCAACUUAACCACCUGAUCGUCACUACCUCCAGACGCAACAUAUCCCCAGACGAACUGAGCCGUGAACCACUCUCGGGUGCCAUAUUUAUUUUGCAUCAGACCGGAACUCGAGGUGUCCCCAUUUAUAAGUUUGCUUUCGACAAUGCUGAUUGCUAUUAAUAUUGUGACUUAUUUGUGUAUCUAAAAUAUAUGUAAUGCUUUUUU